GGAGAGAACUGAAGAGCAGGGCCUGCUAAGAAAAUGUGAAAAGCUGUGGCACCUCAUCCUCUUUGCCUCUGGUCACCCUAGGACCCAUCUCAUUGGCCCAGGUAGUUUCUUUUUGUAAUCGCACACGUCUGCCAAGGAGCCAGCCAGCCCUCCCUGGGCCAGAGUAGCAACCUUUGAAGAAUGCCGAACUGGGGAGGAGGCAAGAAAUGUGGGGUGUGCCAGAAGACUGUUUACUUUGCUGAAGAGGUCCAGUGCGAAGGCAGCAGCUUCCAUAAAUCCUGCUUCCUGUGCAUGGUCUGCAAGAAGAAUCUGGACAGCACCACUGUGGCUGUGCAUGGAGAAGAGAUCUACUGCAAGUCCUGCUAUGGCAAGAAGUAUGGGCCAAAAGGCUAUGGCUAUGGGCAGGGCGCAGGCACGCUGAGCACUGACAAGGGGGAGUCCCUGGGCAUCAAGCAUGAGGAAGUCCCUGGCCACAGGCCCACCACCAACCCCAGUGCGUCCAAGUUUGCCCAGAAGAUUGGAGGCUCUGACCGCUGCCCUCGCUGUAGCCAGGCAGUCUAUGCUGCGGAGAAGGUGAUCGGGGCUGGGAAGUCUUGGCAUAAAUCCUGCUUCCGAUGUGCCAAGUGUGGCAAAGGCCUCGAGUCAACCACUCUGGCCGACAAGGAUGGCGAGAUUUACUGCAAAGGAUGCUACGCUAAAAACUUCGGGCCCAAGGGCUUUGGCUUCGGACAAGGAGCUGGGGCCUUGGUCCACUCUGAGUGAGGCCACCACCACUGCCUGCUGAGCCCGGCCUCUCCUGUGCUUUCCAUCACCAUUUCCCUCCCAGCCGCCAUGGAGACCCCCGGGGUUCUCUCACUCAGCCCUGCCACACAUCACUAAUGACUUGAGCUCCAUCCCACUAAGGAGCUUCCCCUGCCCGGCAUCUGACACCGUCACCAGGUGGAGACACCUGUCUCUGUGGUCUCAGUGGGACCAGGCCCUCUCCCCACAGCGCACCCACAGACCCCAGCCUCUUCCAUGUCAUCGACUGGCCAGGACUCCUGACCCCCAUGUCAAAGCCCAGAGGAACAGCAGCAACAGGCGCGGGGGUGGGGCAGGGAAGCCGGACCAAGAUGGGGUGAGGAAAGGCUGCGGUUUACUGGCUCCCAGAGAUUCUCCUCUGUGGGAAACGGGGUGGGCUCCUUGGUGUCUCUCAGAAGCCCAAGGAGUCCAGCUCAAGUCGCUACGGGAGCAGAGAAGCGAGCAGACAGGGUCACAGGCCUCAGAAAGAAGCCACUUGCUUCCCUAGGCCUCUUGCCUUUGAGUCACUGUGGAACUGGUGUCCUCCCAUUUCAGGUUAGAUAGAGAACAACCCAGGUGUGGGAACCCUAAAGUCAAGAGGUUGCCUGACCUCCUGAGUCAUCUAGUUCCCUGUUUGAAGAGGGGAGAUCAUAACGAAACUCUUCCAACCCACAUUUGCUUUUAUCAGGGCUCCGAAGCCCAGGGUAGUUAGUUAGCCCUGGCCCUAACCUUGGGUCUGAGGCUGCAGGGGCCGCUCCUCCCCAUUCCUGUUUCAGCACAGCCCAGAUCAGUGCUCUGUUCUAGCCGUGCCAGACUGAUUAUUCCCCACAUGUGGAGGGAGGCAGACUCACCUUCACCUUCCUACAAUACCCUUUCCUCUCCCAGCCCCUGCAACCUGGACCCUGCCCCUUCCACCCCACCCUUCCGGGCCUUCUCUAGCCACUAGGCCCUCCUUCCUCCCAGGCCCCCAGGUCCGUAGCAGCUGGAGGAAGGAGGAGGCACCAGGACUCUGUGCUCCCAGGAGCUGAAAGGACAACACUGUAGCUGUCAACUGCAAGGGCCACAGGCAUGGGCUGUACUCAAGCUGAUUUCUCAUCCAGUCAAUAAAGCUGUUUAGAACAGAA